UAUGCUGAGUGAUACCGGAGCAUAACCCAAAGUAAACAAAUCCACAAAAAUGCAAACGCCGGUGUACAAAUUUCAACCGGAGGAUCAUGACAACGUUUACGAACCGGCCGAGGACAGCUUCCUCCUGUUGGAUGCGCUGGAAGAUGAGCUGGAAGCGCUGGAACAGCUCCGGCCGUUAGUUUGUGUGGAGCUUGGCCCCGGCAGUGGAAUCAUCGUCACUGCUUUGUCGAAGGCUUUCGGGAACUGCGUAAGUUACUGCAUCGGGGUGGACAUCAACCCUCGGGCUUGCCGGGUAACCAAACGAACGGGCCAACUGAACGACUGCCAAGUGGAGGUGAUCAAUAUGGAUCUGCUGGGUGGACUCCGGGACGGGUGCGUGGAUCUGUUGGUGUUCAAUCCGCCGUACGUUCCAACGGCGGACGCAGAUAGCUGCGAACUGGAAGGGCGAAUAGGGGAGUUUAGCGCGGAGGGACACAACUUGGUUAAGUCUUGGGCUGGUGGGUUCGAUGGAAUGGUUGUGACCAAGAGGGUUUUGAAGGAUUUAGAUAGGAUUUUGAGCAAGGAUGGAGUAUUUUAUUUGCUGUUGUUGAAGGAAAACAGGCCCUUAAAAGUAAUUGAUUUCCUAAAAAUCGAAGGAUUUAUUGGUAAAAUUAUUAAGGAAAGGAAAAUAAGAGGCGAACAUCUAUUCGUGUUAAAAGUAAGUAGAAAAUAAGAAAACAAUGAACACAGUGAAGAAUUAGUUUAUUGAUUUUUAUUGUUUUCAUUUUGACUGUAAAGUAUUUAUUACAUUGUAGAAGAGUUGUUUAUAACGUUUUGUAUAUACACUUAAUAUAUGUAGCAAAUAAAAAUAGCUUUUACACAAGAAAAA